AUGACAUCCGUCACGAUCACCACUGCCCCAGCGGCAACGACCGCAGCGACCUGCAGCGGCCCAGGACAGUACGAACUCCCUGUCAAAGAUGCCGCUUGCGGCGUCCCAAAUACCAAGAACUACCAGUCUCUCUUCGACAGUUGCGCGAAACCAGCUGGCGUCCGACCAUAUUACCACGACUGUGCCCUCUGGGCCCUUGCCGUCGACCAAUCUGUCCAGGACCUCAUCACCUGUCUUUACAAAGCUGGCAUCGCUUGGGAAGAUGUCUGGUGUCAUGGUGCUAGCAAUGAAACUGCCACGGCGACUUCUUACCCUACUCCGACUGCUACGGCUACCGGGAAAGGGAGGACUGGAUCUUCGACGUCGUCGACAACCGAGACGAAGUCGGCCACGAAUAUGGCUCUCUCGUCACAAGGCCAGAUUCCGACUAAGAUUGCGGUGGGACUACUGGGACUUGUUUUGACGGGUGUUUUUGUUUGA